ACGGUAUUAUUACCAUAACAGGCAGGCAGGGGUUCCCUUGCUGUGUGGGGUCUGCGAGUGGCUGCCCCGCCAUCAUAACCCCUACCAGAGAGGGCUGCUUGAACGUCGACGAAGCUAACAACCUAACCUUACAUGACCUGCCCGACUGUGGAAAGACUGCCCGCCCGCAAACGUGACGUCCAUCAACCCCUAUCCAGUUGUUUGCCAAACUUUGAAAAGAUCGAAACGGCGCGGACACCUGCAUUCCCGUUUUGCAAACCCGCGCGGGGCACAGGCGGCUCUCGAUGAGCUUCGCAAUCGAGGUUCCGGGCGAAGCUGCCCCUCUGAGCCAGUGGGAGCUUGUGAAGGCGCUCAGCGCUGCUGCCACUUCGACUAAUCAUGCCCAGCGGCAAUCGGCCAGCCAGCAACUUCAGACUUGGGAGGCCCAUCCGGACUACUACACCGAUCUCCAGACCACCUUUCUCGACACAUCCCAGGACAAGCAGGUCCGCUUCCUCGCCAUUAUCCUGCUUAAGAAUGGCAUCGACAAGUACUGGAGGCACACGGCUAAGCACGCCAUCAAGCCCGAGAACAAGCAGUUGAUCCGCUCGCGGCUCCUGCAGGGCUCGCUCAACGAGCAAGACAGAACCCUUGCGCUCCACAACGCGCUCGUAACCGCCAAGAUUGUCAGAAUAGACUACCCGAACGAGUGGCCGGAUGCUUUUUCCACGCUCAUCGAACUGACGAGAUCGGCCAGCGCCUCGAACCCGCUGCACCUGCGCGGCGCCCUGCUGGUGCUGCUCCGCAUCGUCAAGGAGCUGAGCACCGCCCGUCUGCGUAAGUCACAGACGGCUCUGCAAGGUGUUACGCCCGAGCUCGUGCAGCUGCUGGGCGGUAUAUAUACCGAAAAGACGGCACAUUGGCAGGGACUUUGGACGCGAGGCGCCGGCGACCAGGCCGCCGCCGAAUUCUCCGUCGAGAACAGCCUGGCAGCCCUCAAGAUCCUACGGCGGCUAGUAACUGUCGGCUAUGAGCAGCCCCAUGCAGAUGCCAUGGUGUGCGGCUUCUGGUCGCUGUCACAGUCGCAGUUCGACCAGUUCCUGAGCGGCAUCAGUCAGGAUUCGUGGGUCCCAAUUUCGCACCAAGACAUGGUGGGAAAGCACCUCAUCCAGUUCGCCAAGCUUCAUAUCGACAUGUCUGAAAUGCACCCAGCCAGCUUCCCCGCUCUGCCCAACUCGAUCCCGCUGGUCAAGGCCUACUGGAACCUCGUCAAGGCUUUCUCUGAAGUGUUUGAGAAAUCGGGCGGCAUUAAGCAGACCUCGAGCGAGACAGCCGGGGGGCAUCCCAAGCACGAAGGCCCCCUCUACGAGAAGCUCGCUCUGAAGGGUCUCCUACUUCUGAGGAGCUGUGUAGCAAUCGCCCACCACCCGGUGCAGACCUUCAAGUACAGGAGCGCAGAGGCCAAGGAGCUGGAGAAGCAGGCUGUACAUACCAUCAAGGUCGAGCUCCUGACCAGAGACAUGCUUCUCGACAUGGUGCAGGUCAUAAUCAGCAAGCUGUUUGUUUUCCGCAAGUCUGACCUCGACGCCUGGGAAGAGGACCCCGAGGGGUGGGAAUCGCAGGAGCGGACCGAAGGUCAGGCGUACGAAUGGGCGGUCCGCCCCUGCGCCGAGAGGCUGCUGCUCGACCUCUUGACCCAUUACAAGGAGCUCGGUGAACCGCUGCUUGAGUAUUGCGACCUUGUCACUAAGGCCGGCAUGGACGUCGUCGCCAAGGAGGCUGCCUACUGUGCCCUCGGCUGCGCGGCCGCCGUCAUUCACCAGUCCUUCGAUUUCGACCGAUUCCUGACGACGUUCCUGGUCAAGGAUGCGCAGAUUCAAGGUCCCAUGGCCAAGCUGCUCCGACGUCGCAUAGCCAUCUUGCUGAGCCAGUGGAUUUCCAUCAAGAUAUCCCAGGCGAACAGGCCUGUUGUUUACGACAUCUUCCGCCACCUGAUGAACCCCAAGGACGAGCACAACGACGAGGUUGUCCGCAUCACGGCGGCACGCCAGCUGAAGUAUAUAGCCGAGGACUUCGAAUUCAACGGUGAAAGCUUUCAACCCUUUGCAGCCGACGUGUUCAACCUCCUGGUCAAUCUCCUCCAGGAGGUAGAGAGCGAUGAGACCAAGUUGGCGGUUCUCGAAACCCUGCGACUCAUCGUAACCCGCAUGGAGACGCACAUCUCGCAGUUUGGAGAUGCCAUCAUGCUGACGCUCCCAAAACUAUGGGAGUCUGCCGGCACCGAGGAGUACAUGAUUAAACAGUCGAUCCUCGCCAUCAUGUCGUCGUUGGUCUCAUCCAUGCGUGCCGAGUCUCAGCGGUACCAGGGCGUGAUUAUCCCGCUGCUCCGAGAAGCGAUGAAUCCCGAAUCGGCACUCCACCUCCACCUCAUCGAGGAAUCGGUCGACCUGUGGAAGUCGAUACUAACGCAGAGCCUGCCGCCUCUAAACCCUGACCUCACGCAGAUGGUCCAGCUCGCGCUGCCGCUUCUGGAGUACGACUCCGAGGUGGCGAUUCAGUGUCUAGAGAUCGUCAAAGAUUACAUACUCCUGGCGCCGCAAGACAUACUUCGCGAUGCGCUUCGCCAGCCCACCCUGGCAGCGCUGGCGAAGACGCUGGAUUCGAGGAGCCGGGACCAGUCACAGCUGGGCGCGAAGUCCAUCGAGCUGGUAAUCCGCGUAGCUGAUGCGUUCGGCGGCGCCCAGGGUGUCUCGGUCGUUGUCCAGGACCUGCUUGAGAUCGGCGUUCUUCGCGCUAUCCUGGAAGGGCUGCACAGCGCGUGGGAAUCCAGCCAAACCACCGGGCCCAACCGGAAACCCAGCAAGAUCAACACCGUCAAGGAGACGGACUAUUUCGCCCUGCUCGCCCGCAUCGCGCUCGCGGACCCGGCCCUCCUCGUCACCAUGUUGACCAGCUUCGGCAGUCCCAUCGAACAGGUCUGGUCGUGGCUCAGCAGCCAAUGGUUCGCCAACUUCGACUGCAUGGGUGACAUCGAGCGCGAGAAACUCUCGUGCCUGGCCCUGACCCGCCUCUGGGAGCUGCCGAACCCUAUGCAGGAUCUGGUCCUUGCACGCCUGCAAGACUAUUUGUCCAUGUGGACCAGCGUAGUCACAGAGCUGGCGGACGGCACGAGCGGCGAGACGCUCGGCGGGCAGGACAGCCUGGUGUGGACCGAGGUGGGCCGGUACGAGUACGACACGCCGCUGGACGUGCAUGAGCGCGAGUUCGCGGCCAAGGACCCCGUGCACAGCGUGGUGACCUACGAGUUUGUCAGGGCGCGGUUGGCGGAUGUGGUGCAGCGGGUUGGCGGGGAGCAGGCGUUCGAGGCGAACUGGGCGGUGAACGUGGACCGCGAGGUGCUGAUAGGGUUUCAAAGGUUGAGCCAGCCUGGAGGGCAGGUCGACGGGUGACCAAAGGAGCUGGCCGAGGGCCAAUCCAAGGGAGGCUCAGGCGGAGAAGGAUCGUGCCAACAGGGCCGCGAGGCAGGUUAGCACUUAUAUGCGCCGGCCAUCUUCCCCUUCAAAGGGUUUCAGCAAGGCCAGCAAAGGGGCCGCCCACACCCGGCAGGGAAA